AUGGCAUAUCACACGGUUGCUCCAGCCAACUUCACCACCGUGGAAUGCCAUAAACAAGUCCGGUCAUGGCGACUUCUCCGCUCCAUCUUGGAACUACUCAUCCAAGCUUGCACCUGCACCCUUGUGGAAAGACCAGAUAUCAACGACGACAAUCCUCCAAUUCACCCUUACCACCACCGCAAACCCUCUUCUUUAGUCUUCCCGACCACCGCCACCAAUAUCACCGGCACCAUCUUCGGCUCACGCACCGGAAAAGUCAACUUCUGUAUCCAAACGAACCCUAAAUCACAAAACCCAGUCCUCCUCCUUGAACUCACAAUCUCCACCACCUUUCUCGCCCGAGAAAUGAAAAGUGGCAAUCUGAGGAUCGCCCUCGAGUGCUCGAAUGAUUCAGAAGCAUCUCCAGAUAAAUCUCUCCUGGCUACGCCAUUGUGGACCAUGUACUGUAAUGGAAGAAAAGUAGGGUUUGCAUUUAAGAGACAACCAUCAACAUCCGAUCUCAAAGUUUUAAAGCACAUGGAAACGGUUCAUGAAGGUGCAGGGACUUUAAAAGCAAAAGAUGUCGGAAGAGAACAGGACAUAAUGUACCUAAGAGGAAACUUUAGUAGGGUUACUGGUAAAUCCAUGGCUCGAUCAGAAUCCUUCCAUUUCAUCGACCCUGAUGGUAACAUCGGUCAAGAACUCAGUAUUUUCUUUUUCAGACCAAAAUAA